GUGAGCAGCAAAAGUUGGUGGGUUGUGGCAGGUUGUGGGUUGUUGUUGGCUUAGCUGUAGUCGUAUGAGGUUGUGUGUGACGUCUCUCAACAUUGAAGGGUUGAAAGCUCAGAUUUGUGAAAAUGACUACACAAAAGCCAACUGAUGAUGCUAAAGAGAAUGAUGCUGAACUAAGAAUGAUAAGAUACCUAUACAUUGGUAAAGAAUAUACCGAAUACCAACCGGGAAAUUGGUUUGUGCACCAAUAUUAUUCAACUGAUCGUGUUCCAUCCAUAGAAGAAAUGGCCAUAGAUAAAAACACUGAAACUAAACCCGUGGAAAUAAUAGAAACCGUGUUUAAAAAAGAUAAAAAUCUGGUACAGAAUUUCGAAACCCUUGUUUUUGCACUAGCCGUCUGUGCUCGACAGAACAAAAGUGAAAAAUUACGUCAUUUGGCUUAUUCUAAAGUGAAAUCCAUUUGCGCAGAACCACAGCAUUUUCUGUUAUUCAUUAAAUUUGCUGACCAGAUAGCCAAAAAAAAUAACACGAAGCACGGCUGGGGUCAUGGGUGGAAAAAGGCUGUGGAGGAAUGGUACAAUUCUAAAAAUUAUUUAGAAUUGGCCGAGUGUGUCACUCGGUAUAAAAGCAGAUACGGGUGGAAGCACAAGGAUAUUCUCAAACUCUCCCACAUAUCCACUGGUGCUAAAGUAGAAGAUAAAUCACAACUUGCCCAAAUUCCUGAACCUGUAAUCGUGAAAAACAUGAUAUUCUGUUAUGUGAUGAACGGACUUAAAGAACUGAAAAAAAAGUAUGGUGAUGCGGAUGACCCCGCCAUUUCGAAACAUGCAAAAGCGGUUGAGAUAAUCAAGUAUUUGGAGAACGUCGAAGAUUUCAAACACUGCGAAGACGAAGUUCGAGCGGGUGGCUUAGUAGAAAUGAACAAUUUCACUUUAGACCACGUUCCAGGGCAUUUGUUAAAAUCUGAAGAAGUAUGGAAUUCAUUGCUAGUUUCAAUGGAUUAUGCUACACUUCUAGAAAAUUUGCAAAGAAUUCACAACCUUGGUUUUUUGAAACCAAAUUCAGUAUCAGUUGCGAAAGUUCUUGACACAUUAUCGAGCGAGGAGAAAAUUGUGAGCGAGAAAAUUCAUCCGGCACACAUUCUGAUCGCAGCAAAGAAUUACGAAAACUCAGGAAAACCUUUAAGCUACGAGAAACGAAAAGUAAGAGAAGAAGCAAAGAAACAACAUCCACCGCCACCAAAAAUGAAUCAGAAAAUCGUCGAUGCUCUCUACAAAUCGCUCAAUAUGGCGCUUUCGCAUGUAGAACCAACUGGCCUUCGAUACCUGGUAACUGUCGACAUGGGCGAAAAAAUGCAAGUUUCUCCCGUCUGGCACUGUGGAAACAUGAAUGCUGCUGAAGUAGGUUGCUUACUUGCUCUUUCGCUUCUUCGUUCAGAGAAAAAUGUCACCGUAGCAACCUUCAAAGACGUUGGAAUUCACACAGCAAACUUAGAAAAAAAUUCAACCUUUGGUCAAGCUUUACGAAGAAUGCAACAAUUGCCAACAGGCACAGUAAAUUUAAGCAAACCCAUGUCGUGGGCUUCCUAUCAAAACAAAAAGUAUGACGUUUUCAUUAACAUCGUUCAUCAAAUUUCCCUGAAGGAUGACACUUCCGCAGAGGAAAUUACGUCGUAUCGAACGAAAAUGAGUCUCCCUGAUGCAAAAUUAAUCAACUGCGUCUUGUGCGAUUCAACGGCAUACCGUCUUCAAAAACAGAUAGAUAAAAAUAUCUUGACCAUUUGCGGUUUUGACCAGUGCGUGCCGAAAAUUAUAGAGGCAUUCUCGAAAUCCUUCUUUUAAUUCCCCGAAUUAUGGUUAUGUGAGAAUCCAUAAAGACCAUAAACAUUUUAUCAGUUACUGAUCAGCCAAAUUUGACAACUCUGAAAAAACGUAUCAGUUACCACAUCAAACCCGUUUAUUCUAAAAUAGAUUUCUGGUUAUUUUUUGUUUUAAUGUUCAAUUCAUGAAAAAAAUUCUAUUAUUUUUCUAUUGUUUUUUUAUUUUUGGCCAUUCUCGCCUCUGUUCUGUUUUAAAAUACGUUUCAUAAGAUUAAUUAUGAAAAAAAAAUUUUUAGUGUGAACAGAUUCAAUAGUCGGAAGAAAUUAAGUACUCACAGCAUAUUUUGAAAUGUUUGAAGCAUGAAAAUAAUAGGUUUUAGUAGGUGAAGUAUUUUCUUUAACUUCUGGUAUCAUAAAUUGUUUCUAUAAACGUUUUUGAUAUGUUAAAAUUAACUAAAUCCUGCACUCUCAGAAUUAUUAAACUCUUCAGAAUUAUUAAAUUGUAUUAUUUUUAUUCUACAAUGUUCAUAUUGUGUGUAUGGGGUAUGCCGGUCGAAAUGUAAAACCCAUCAACUAAUUAAAUGUUGAAUAAUGACGUAGUUAAAAAGCGGUUUUAAGUAAUAGCAUAUGUCCCCAGAUAAUAUGAGCUUCACCUUAAAAAAACACAUACAUUGCAAUCAUAAUUUAUAGGGUAUUGAAGUCAAAGCGCAUCACCAUAUCCUAUUCUCCCCUAGCCAACGUGCAUUUUUUGUGAAAAGGCGAUGUACCAAUCUUAAGUCAGAUAUAGAUUCAUCCAACAAGUUUCAUUAUAGAAAAAUUUCAUAAGCCCAUCUCUUUAACAAAAGAAUUUAUUCAUUUCAUAACACUGUUCUUUUGUAAAUUUACAUGUGAUUUAUAUUAAAUUUUUGGAUUAAUUUUACUGUUUAGUUUACGUGUUUUUUUUUGUUGACUCAAUUAAUUGUUGUAUGUGCGUAAUUUUGAUUUUAAGGAUACACGUGAACUAAUACAAAUUGUAAUGAUUUUUCGAAGAAUGCACGAGAUUUACAAUGAUUAUGCUUCGUUAUCUUUGGCCUUUAAUAUAUGUUUCGAUUUGUGCCAAAUUUAAUUUUCUGCUCUUAAACAGCUUGCUUACCAGAAGUACUUCAAAUGUUAAUCCUUCCUACUAAUAUUUAAAAACUCAUUUUGUGUAAACGCUUUUACGUAUGUGAAUCCCUAAUUUUGGAAACAACCAAGGAGACUGCAUGUCUUAAACAGUUAUUGUAUUCACAUAUUCUUCUAUUGAUGUAACGGAAGAAAAAACUGAUUGUAUCAGAGAAAAUAGUAUUAUGACUGCAUAUUAGUGAAAGGAAAUUUUAGUCCUAUUUAUCGUUCGCUUAUUUCUGCAGGUUGGCGAAGUGGCCGAGCAUCUAUUUAAAAUGAAUUCGAAAUCGAUUCGAAAUGAUUUUUAACUGGAGGCUCGGCAUGAUGAAAACUAGACAUAACGUGUGACAUUAUAACUAAAGUAAAUUUCAGGGACAGGCGCGCCUCUGUCAAAAGCUCGUUAAGGUUUUUCUCCGAAAAAAGACAGUGUUGGAAUUCUGUCACUGUGAUAUGCAUUUAGCCCCAAAGAGUAUAGACUACUUACAUUAGUAUAAUUUUACUGAUAUUAUUAAUAUUUGCCAUAUCCAAAGUGAAGACAACAAAUGAUAAAUACCUACUGACUAAUACUGUGAUAAGAAAUACGAUGUGACUGUUUGAAAUAGUGAAACAAAAUGUAAAACGAUCAGGGGCGCGCCAGGUGUCCGGAUAAUACGUUGAUUGGUGGCGAUAUAUUAACUCGUAAAUUUUGUUGAGGCAUAUACACUAAUAUCCAGAGAUACAUUUACACAUUCUCUUCUCUAUAAUACUCGAUCUAUUUCUUCUGCUCGAUCUGCUGAUUACCUUCUGUUAAAAAAUCCUUGUUUUGUACAGAUCUCAAGAAUUCUACUCUAGGAAAAUUACUAAGAUAAAAGUGUAUUGCGUGAAUCACUCCUCAGGUGUGAAAGACAUUUAUUAUACAUAAUAAAGUUUUAAAUUCACGUUACUCUCGCGACCUUUUGGGUAAUCGGCGGAUGGCUUCUCCUUAUAAUUGUAGACAUUUAUAAUUGUAUAAUUAUAACUAAGACCGUACUUUACACGAAAUAUCGAUUUGCGAAUAAAGUCUGUUCGUUUUACGUAGUACAUUGAUAGGAGUUUGGUAAAUCAUAGGUUGUUGAAAGUAAUCAUAUUUUUUUAGAGAAAUUUUUCUUAAACAGAACUCAUGUACUGAAAAAUGCGCUUAGAGUGAUUAUUUAUACACACAGAAUUACUAGACCAAAUCUCGUUCUUGGGAAUCAUUUUUAAGAUAAAUCUUAUUACAAAAAUAUAUUAUAUACAAUAUACAUAAACACGUAUACAUGUAUAUGAAAUGAGGAAAAAUAUGCGAUCUAAUUGCUAACUACUGGUUACAGAAGCAGUAAGAACUUAUGCUAUAUCAAUAUUCCUAGCGUAGUAACUAUACAUAUAAGAUUUGGUAUUAAGAUUAUGUAGGCUAAACUGUAUUCGUGUGCAUGGCUGUCGAAAGGGAACCUCCGAAUCUGUCUACUUUAUUUAAUCACUAACAGUAAAAAUGUAAUUUUAAACUGGAGAAUUAGCAAAAAAAAAACGGAAAUUUAUCUCGCCGAAUGUUCAAGUAUUAAUCUUCACAUUUUACUGAUCAAAUCCAUGCGAAGAGUACCUUUUCGAUAAGACUAUGCUUUAAUUAGCGUCGUUGUUAUUAUUCGAUUCUUUUGUUCAGUCGGAUAAAGGAUUUUGUCAAUUGAUGAAAAAUAAUCGUUAGAGAAGGACCACCUUGCACAGAAACGAAAAAGUUAACUUUUUGGAUUUGUUUUAUUUUUAAUGAUGAUACAAUUUCGAAUAGAAAUGGAAAACUUAUUUUGACAAAUAUAACAAUAAAAUGGCAAUUUUUCAAUUUUUUUUUUACAAAUUUUCUGCUUUUCAAAAGCAACAUUAGGCGAAGAUAAUUUGCCCAUAUAAAAUGAAGAAAAACAACAUUUUACAAACAAUUAUUUUGUUAACAGUGGAAUCUGUACUAUUUUGAUGUUAUUUUGUUUAUUAAGAAAUCGAACACGACAAUUCUCCUUUAUUAGAAUUUGUUUAAAAAGAUUUUGGAAAUCGGUCAAGAAUUGUUGUAUUCCUUUUAGUUUGUACCAACAAGGUCUCUGUUUUCUUCUGUACGCUGGUCUUAACAUGUUCAUUCACUAAUUUUAAGUAUAUAUGCUACGAAAAAGAAUUUUAAAAUGCGGCAUGGAACUGAUAUUGGAAUAGGAAGGAAGCAUUGACAAUAGUGUACCUUGCACUGUCACAUUACUGAAUGACGAGUUUGAAACUAGCCGAUUUUGUGAUUAUCAAAACAAUAUGUUGAAUGUGUUCAUAUUAGACAACAAGUAAUUAGCACAAGAGUCGAGAAAUCUAGUGUUUCGAAAAAGCGACGUAGAUGUCAUCAUUGCCUCGUGCGAUCUUGCUAUACAGCUAAUUCCUAUCGUAAUCAGGAAGCACAAGUUACGUGUAGCAGAUAAAAAUGUAUUCAUAUUGAUAGUGUUCUUAAAACAUAAUAACUCUAAUAUAGACAAAAUGCUAGCACCUAUGUUUCUUAGAGUUAUAAAAAAAAAGAAAAAAGAAAACCGUGUGAGAGUAUUUGAUUCUCGCAGUCGAGUCGAGAUUAUAGAAAUGAAAAAAGAUCAAGGUUUACCGCUUAAUUUAUUUUUCUCUGAAUAAAGAAGGUUACGAAAUCAGUGUAUGAUGUAUUACAAAACCUCAUUCACGUUUUUACUGUGGAAAAUGACGAAUUAGGACACGAAUGCGAGAAUUAUAUACUCAGUCGUCGAUUUCGAAUUUUAAAUUCACCGCGAAAGUCAGAAUAUAUUUCGACGUAAAAAAUGCCUAUCUUUCGGCCUUAACUUUUUAUACGAAGAAAAAAAACGAGACCUAUGUGCAACUACACAAAGUUUCGUUUUGUUCCUGCAUUCCUCUGCGAGUAAGCGUCUAAUUUAAAACUGUUAUCGAUAUCUACAACCGAAUGUCCGACGUUUUUAAAUAUAUAAUAUGUUCAGUUAGUUAAAUGUCAGCAGUUAUUUAUCUAGAAAAAGUUGGAAAGAAAUUUUAAAAAAAGUUUACGUUCCUUUUGUAUUGUGAAUAUAAUGCCAUUUAAACUAAUUAUUAAUUACUGAAACGUUUUCUAAUGAAAGAAUGACAUCAAGAAUUAGAGGAACUACUCUCGGCAACUAACAAAAACAAAAAAUAUUUUCAAGAGGAAAAAAGGAAAUACUGGCGAUGACUGUUGGUUCUGCAGAAGAAAGUUGUAGAGAAAUAACACCUAUCAAAUUUAAAGAUGUCAGUCUUCAUACACAAAAAUAAUACAAAUUUAUAUUUACUGUUAUAGUAUUUUGAUACCAGGUGAAAACCUAUGGAGUUUAACAGGAAGAAAAUCCGUUACAGAUUUUAUUGAUUUCCGUUACGAAUUGAAAACUAGGUAUGCGAAUUACGCCUGAAUAAAUUCAAAAUUCAGUUAA